AUGGAAGAAUCUUGUGAAGAUCACAGUACACAUGUAUGUGAUUGUUCAUCAAAGCCUUCAUUAUAUACCCAGUCUUUGACUGAAAUGGACUUUGAACGAGGCAUCUGGCAAGCUGCUCUCGACAACAAUGUGAGACGGAUCACCACAAUUUUGGAUAAGGGAGGGGACCCUGAUACACGAGAUGGUUCAGGAUAUACAGCCCUGGUAAGAAAGCUAAUUUGUGGUAGAUAUUUUUUUAGCUCUAAUUCUUGGGCCUUUCUGUUGUUCAGUAGUGGAGAUGAAAUGCCAUUCAUCUUUACCAGUAAGUGUUUUAUCCCUUAUUCCCCAACCACAACCUCUACUUUGCAGGCCUUUCCACAUGUUUUUCGUAUGUUUCCAUAUUCGUUCUAGCAUUAGGCUAGUCAAUGGACACCUUCUGUGUGUGGUGAGGGGAUUGGCCUAGGAGGCUCUACGCUUGUCAGAAACGUAUUAUUUAAACAGUUUCUCCUAAAAACUGUACCGAAAAAAACGUUCUUUCUGAAACGAAAAAUUUUAAAACUAUUUUGAGAACCAGUACAAAUUGAAAUCCGUGCCACUUGUGACGCUCAAAGUGAUGGAUUAUGUUACAUGUGAAAUCAUGCAGAACAACCUUUGAAGAUCAAUGCGCACCCGUUUGUUUCAUACAAAAAACAUUUUCUGUGGAGUUUGGUGAACUCUGACUGAACAAGCCAACACUAAUAUGUUUAAUUUCUUGCCUGCUUAACUAAACACUGUACUAGAAGUGAGAGUGCCCGGCGGAGCAACGGGGAAUUUUUUUCACUCGCCCGAAGCUAAAUAUUAGUUGCCUCAGGUGACUGGGUGCCAUUAGAGCACAGCCUUGUGGAGGUAUCAAUACUGGUGACAUUACGUAGGCUCACUUGCAUUUCUGGAAAUUGAUGAUCAACCCAUGUUGUAAACUCUUUGCCAUUCAUCUUUCCAGCAUUACGCUAGUCGCAGUGGCCAUAAAGAUGCUUGCAGUUUGCUUCUUGAGAGGGGAGCAAAUGUGAAUGCUCAAACUAGGUCAGGCAGGACGUCAUCUCUGCAUAGAGCAACAUACUCUGGACACGUGACAGUGGUGAAACUUCUCAUCAAAUAUGGGGCUGAUCCCAGGCUGAGUGACAGUGAUGGGCAGACUCCAUUACAUAAGGUACACUAAUUUUUGUCUUUAUUUCAUAAUUUAUCACUGACAGCAGUAGUGUGAGUGAAACAGGCAGAAACCACCAUAGCCUUAGUAUUAUAAUUAACAUUUUGCUAAUAGCACCUGCUGGAGGAGGGUGAGGGUACCCUGGAUUUAUAAAGUGACAGGAAUGAUUGAGUAAAAAUGAAAGUUGAGCCCCUCAAAACAACUUGGGUUAGAAACAAGAUCCCAAAAAAUCCUUUGGCCCAAAAUUGAACCUUGAAAAGUCACAUCAUCAGUAUGGAAUUUGUGGGCUCGUUUCUCAGACAUCAUUUUGCUGAGAAACCUGUGGUGGCCGCGCAAAAUGUUGGCUAUUUUUCAGGCUUAGUACAGUGGUAACACCUGUGCAAAAUGGUAAUACUGAAUAAACUUGUUGUUGUUGUUGUUUGUUGGUUUAGUUUCCUUUUUAUUCUUACUACACUAUACACUUGGGGGUGUGACUGAUUUGGCUUCAUUAACUUAUUUUCAGGCUGCUCAGAAGGCACAGAAAGAAGUUGUUGAAUUGUUGUUAGAUUUGGACUCUAGUCUUGUGAAAGUGAAAGAUAAGAAUGGAAGAAAACCAGCUGACUUUGUUCCCUCACAUGAACAGGAACUGCGAAACAUGCUCCAAGCUGAAUAA